UUCCACACACACACACUAUUUAAGGACACAUUCCCUCAGUUCCUUUUGCAAGGUAACGCAGAGUUUUGUGUGGUCUUGGUUAUUAGAAUGGAGGGUGAGAGUAAGGGUAGUUUUGAUGUGAUGGAUCAAGGGAGUGAGAACAAAGGAAGAAAGUUAAUUGUGGGAACUUGUGAUUUGGUUUUAAGGCUUUUGGCAUUUGUCAUGACCCUAGUGGCUGCUAUAGUUAUAGGGGCAGAUAAACAAACUGCCAUUGUUUCAAUCAAGCUUCUGGAUUCCAUGCCACCUUUGGAUCUUCCUGUUACUGCUAAGUGGCAUUACUUGUCUGCCUUUCUCUAUUUUGUGGCGGCAAAUGCAAUUGCAUGUGCAUAUGCAACACUGUCUCUCCUACUUACUAUUGCAAAUAGGCGUAAAGGCAAAGGGAUGGAAGCAUUGAUCAGUGUGAUUGAUGCACUAAUGGUGGCUUUGCUCUUCUCUGGUAAUGGUGCUGCCAUUGCAAUUGGUCUUCUUGGCUUGCAAGGAAACUCACACGUGCAUUGGAACAAAGUGUGCAAUGUUUUUGGCAAAUUUUGUCACCAAGCAACUCUUUCUCUUUUCACGUCACUUCUUGGAUCAACAGCAUUCCUCUUGCUGCUUGUGGUUCCUCCUCUUUUGAGACUUAAGAGGGCUAACUAAGGUGCCUUGGAGUAUUAAAUCAAUAAAUUUAAUGUUUUACAACUUUAUUAUAUGUGUUAUUAUAUGUGAGGAUUAAUAUUAGUGUGGUCACACUCCAACUCCAUGUAGAUCAUUUCAUUGUAUUAUGUGUGAGAAACUUAUUUAGGAAGGUGUGAUGAGUUUGGAUUAUAGCAUAUGAAUGCAUUUUAGUCAUUAAUGUUUCACAUAAGUUUGUAAAAAAACAAAAAAAAACUGUUGAAUCAAAACUGUCCAAUAGCCUCCCUAACCACCAAAAGCAUCAUCUACUCCAAACAGCAAAAUCAUGAACUGCCAUGACAGAAACUACAAAUGAAGCUUGUUACCAAAUCAAAUUGUGAAAAUGUUUCCGUGUUGCAGCAGGCCUUUUCCAAGGU